AUGAUGGCGACAGACAGUCUCUCGUACAAACAUCUCCGAGUCCAACGACCAGAACCAUCAUCUUCACCACCAGCCCAAACCUUCUUUUCGAUAUCACCACCAAAGCGACCUCAGCACCCUUCCAUCCACCAAGCCCUCAGCACCAAUAAUAGGAACCGCCCUUACCGCAGUGGUACUCGUCAGACUCAAGACACUCAGGUCAUCUUCGAUCCUGAGACAGAAUAUGACUCGUACCCGCUUCGUUACGGAAUGCCAACACCUUCCUGGUCGACUCGGCGGGCACGUCGCCCAGUCGCACAAGCUCUGGAGCAGAUGCAACUGAUGCGCUACCAAACUGGAACGGGACUUGGCCUCGGCGUUGUUGCAACUUCCAGAAAUGACUUGACUCUCUCGGCUCCUCUUCGACACUCUUCCUUGCAUCAACAACAACAACAAUGUGAUGGCGACAAAGCGAACAACGACGAAGGGUAUGGUGAUCUCAGCAACAGCACCAACAACAUCGGCAACGGAAGCGAUAUAUCACUUCAGAAUCAAGAAACUCGAGUCCUUAAAAGACGGUCGUACUCUUCGUUUUCGAUCCUCCGCUCACUAAUGCCACCGCAUAUUCGUUACAAAGAUGGUAGUGAUGUGGUGCUACAGGUCGAUCGCCGCAACGCCGCUCGACCAGCUAACGACGACUAUGGGGAGUGGGAUGGUCUUGAGAAAGAUCAGGGCUACGGCCAGAGCCAGGGCCAGGGCCUUUUACCAGCAGUGGCAAAGGACAGGAGAAGAAAGAAGCAGGACAGCGCCACCGACACUAGCAUGGACUAUGACAACGACGACCUCCUGGACCUCGCCCUCGAUCUUGAACUCCAACUCGAAUUCCACGACGGAUGCCUUGACACUGACGAGAUGAAACGACUCGACUUCGAUAUCCUCUACGAGAACACGACCCUCUCCAACCUUCGAGGAGUCCUCAAGUCCCUCGUCACCGUUUGUGUCUCGUCAACAGCAGGCGUUUACUUGCUCUUGCUGACUUACAAGCUGGCUAAGGACCUCUACGUCUUUAUCGCGAUCCAGGCGAUGUUGAUUUUGUUGCGCUGGACUUGGAUCCUUGUCGCGGUUUGGCCUUGGCGUUUGCUGCUGUGGACGGUUUUGGGGGUCUAUCACCUCGUCCUGAUGGUGCUGUGGCCAAGCAGGGAUACUUUGGCGAUGGCUUUCCACAUAUCGGUGAUCUAUACUCUCAGGCGGAUCAGAAGGAGCACGAUGGAGCAUUCCUGA